UCUAGUCUAUUAAUAAAAACAAGUUAGUAUCUAUGUUUUUCUAAAAAAAUUCAAAAUUUUAAAACAGAAAAAAUUGUUUAAUUGUAGAGUUGCCGGCCAAAAUCCAAACCCACCAAAACCUACAGAUCUACACUACUACUACUAACCACUAUACUUCUACUUAUCUUCCCCAUUUCAAUCCCCAAAUCCAUUCCCUUUUUAUAAUUAGGGUUUUACUUUCACACCCUUUACCAAUUAAAAUCUUUCAAGAUUUCCAAAACCCUUCAAUAAUUCGGCCCAAAAAUGCAGCAAAACUCAUCAACAUCUGUAAUAACAGCAAACCCAGAUGCAAUAUUAAAAUGGCUUGAAAAAGAAAUGGGUUACAGGCCAUUAGGCCCAUACAUUUCAUCAUCAAAAGCAUCAUUACCAUCUUCUGAUGCAAUUCGGAAAGUCUGCAGAGGUAAUAUGAUCCCAGUUUGGAACUUUUUAUUACAUAGAGUUAAGUCUGAUAAAACUGUAGAUAUUAUCCGUAGAAAUAUACUUGUUCACGGCGAAAAAGACAAUGUGGGUGGGUUGGAGGGUGGUGGGGGUGAUGGUGGAAGGAGGGUUAAGGGUGGUGGGAAGAAAAAGAAAGAGAAUUUGGGUGAUGGGAAUACGAGAGAAAUGGCGGUUCAAGAAAGGGAAUUGGCGGAGAAAGAAGUCGAACGGUUGAGGCAUAUGGUUAGACGGCAGAGGAAAGAGUUGAAGGCGAAAAUGUUGGAGGUUUCGAGAGAGGAAGCUGAGAGAAAACGGAUGCUUGAUGAACGCUCGAAUUAUAGGCAUAAGCAGGUGAUGUUGGAUGCUUAUGAGCAACAAUGUGAUGAGGCAGCUAUGAUAUUUUCGGAAUAUCAUAAGCGUCUUCGAUCCUAUGUUAAUCAAGUAAAAGAUGCGCAGAUACUAGAAAAUGAUUCGGAAGUAGGCAGCAGUUUCCAAAUGGACAAUGAAAAAGGAGAUGUUUAUUCUACUGUAAAAGGCUCAAAACCUGCAGAUGAUGUAAUUCUUAUUGAAACAAGCAAGGAAAGGAAUAUCCGAAAGGCGUGUGAAACUCUUGCACUACAAAUGAUUGAAAAAAUUCGCAACUCUUUUCCUGCAUAUGAAGGAAUUGGUAUCCAUUCGAAUCCUCAGGUAGAUGCUGCUAAGUUAGGUGUUGAUGUUGAUGGAGAUAUACCUGGUGAUGUGCAUGAUGUGAUUCGAAGUUGUCUUAGAAGUCCUACUCAGUUGCUGCUGGCUAUAACCACUUACACUCAGAGGUUGACAUCUUUAAUUUCUAAGGAAAUAGAGAAAAUUGAUGUCAGAGCUGAUGCAGAUAUGCUAAGGUACAAGUAUGAAAAUAAUAGAGUUAUGCAUGAUUCGUCUCCUGAUGUGAACUCGCCAUUGCCGUUUCAACUUUAUGGUAAUGGUAAAAUUGGGGUGGAUAUGCCUUCGAAAGGAACUCAAAAUCAACUUCUUGAAAGACAGAAAGCACAUGUUCAGCAAUUUGUGGCUACUGAAGAUGAACUCAACAAAGCUGCAGAGGCUAGAAGCACAUGUCAAAAGCUUUUAAAGCGCUUGUAUGGAACUGUUGACAUAGACCCUUCACACACUCUUGGUGUUGGAGGGACUUCACAGACUAUGAGUAGUCUCAGGCAGUUGGAGCUGGAGGUUUGGACCAAGGAAAGGGAAGCUGCUGGAUUGAAGGCCAGCUUGACUACAUUAAUGUCUGAAGUUCAACGGUUAAACAUGUUGUGUGAAGAAAGGAAGGAAGCUGAAGAUUCUUUAAAGAAGAAAUGGAAAAAGAUUGAAGAGUUUGAUGCUCGCAGAUUGGAACUCAAGUCCAUAUAUAGUGCUCUACUCAGAGCCAACAUGGAUGCUGCUGCAUUUUGGAACCAGCAACCUGUAGCUGCUAGGAAUUAUGCAUCAAGUACCAUUAUACCAGCGUGCAUGGCUGUUAUGGACAUAUCAAACAUGGCAAAAGAUCUUAUCGACAAUGAAGUUUCAGCCUUUUAUCGAAGUCCGGACAAUAGCCUUUACAUGCUUCCAUCAACCCCUCAGGCACUUUUGGAGUCUAUGGGUCCUACUGGCUCUACUGGACCUGAUGCCGUAGCCGCUGCUGAAAAGAGCGCUGCCCUUUUAACAGCCAGAGCUGGCGCCCGAGAUCCAUCUGCAAUUCCUUCCAUAUGCCGUGUUUCUGCAGCACUUCAGUAUCCUGCAGGGCUUGAAGGUUCAGAUGCUGGGUUAGCAUCAGUGCUGGAAUCAAUGGAAUUCUGUUUGAAGUUGCGUGGUUCUGAGGCUUGUGUAUUAGAGGACUUGGCAAAGGCUAUCAAUUUGGUUCAUAUUCGGAGGGAUCUUGUUGAAAGCGGCCACUCAUUACUAAAUCAUGCUUAUCACUCCCAACAAGAAUAUGAAAGGACAACAAGCUACUGUUUAGAUCUGGCUUCAGAACAAGAACAAACUAUCACAGAGAAGUGGUUGCCUGAGUUACGUAAUGGGGUUGUUAAUGCUCACAAGAGUCUGGAUGAUUGCAAAUAUGUCUCUGGAUUGCUGGAGGAAUGGUGGGAACAACCAGCAUCGACAGUUGUUGAUUGGGUAACAGUAGAUGGGCAAAAUGUAGCUGCCUGGAAUAACCAUGUAAAGCAGCUCCUUGCUUUUUAUGACAAGGAACUUUUAUAACUAUACUCACAUUUCAGGUAUAAUAGCCACUCUCUACUUUGUAUAGAUAGUGCUUGCUGAGCAAGUAUUCGUGUAUAAUAACUUCGUUUUUGUGAGUGUUUUUUUUCUUUCAUUAUUUAA